AUGACUAGCAGGGCAACAAAUCCGUCUAGUUCAGCUUCACGAAGCACGUUUUUAUGGCUACUUCUGUUGUCUACGGUGACUAGCUUUGUGAUGUCGGAAUCCGAAGAAUGCCAGACAUACAUCAUCCACAUGGACCGUUCACAGAAACCAGCAUCUUUUUUGACCCACGAGAUGUGGCACCGGGCCACCGUGGACUCGUUAUCGCCACCUCUCAGCGAUGGCGAGGACAAGUUUCUCUAUUCAUACAACCAUGUCAUACACGGUUUUAGCGCCAGGCUCACGCUGUCUGAGCUAGCCAAGAUUGAAAAGUCUCCCGCUCAUCGAGUGACGCUGAAAGAGUCCUUUGGCAAGCUGUUCACAACCCACAGCAGCAAGUUCCUCGGCCUAAAGCACAGCUCUGGACUGUGGCCCACCAGCUCAUGUGGAGAAGGUGUUAUCAUCGGAAUCCUCGACACAGGAAUAUGGCCGGAGAGCGCCAGCUUUAGCGACAAUGGGAUGCCACCAGUGCCUCCAAGAUGGAAAGGUGAGUGCGAGAACGGCACUGCCUUUAGCCCAUCUAACUGCAAUCGUAAACUCAUUGGAGCUCGGUCUUUUAGCAAGGGCCUUGCAGCUGCAGGAAUAAACAUAUCUGAAAAGUAUGACUACGAUUCCGCUAGAGAUUUCAUGGGUCACGGCACACACACAUCAUCCACCGCUGCAGGGUCCCCUGUAAAUGGAGUAAGUCAUUUUGGAUAUGCGGGUGGGAUAGCCAGAGGAAUAGCACCGGCAGCUCAUGUUGCGAUGUACAAAGUUUUGUGGGCAACUGACACAUACGAGUCUGCGUCGAGCGAUGUGCUUGCUGGAAUGGAUCAAGCAAUUGCUGACGGAGUAGAUGUCAUGUCUCUGUCUCUCGGCAUCUUGCUCACACCGUACUUCAACGAUGUGAUUGCCAUAGCAUCUUUGUCGGCAAUUGAAAAGGGUAUCGUCGUUGUCUGCUCAGCUGGAAAUGACGGGGCCUAUAACACUACGUUCAAUGGAGCACCCUGGAUCAUGACAGUAGGAGCAGGAACUAUUGAUCGAAGCUUCAUCGCGACUUCAACCCUGGGAAAUGGGUUAACUAUAGAGGGCACGUCAUACUUCCCUGAGAGCAUCUACAUCACUGAUGCACAAGUUUAUUAUGGCAAGGACAACCCUGACAAAGCGAAAUGCCGCUUGUCAGCACUUGAACCAAAAGAAAUUGCUGGAAAGGUGGUUGUGUGUGACAACAACAAUACGGUGGAUUUGUACAGUCAGGUCGAAGAACUUGCUAACAAAGGAGCAUACGCGGCAAUUCUCUUGAGCGAUGGUUUAAAUUUGAAUCCAGAAGACUACUCCAUCCCUGCUGUGGUCAUACCAACUUCUUCAGGAACUCCAAUAAGGGACUACCUCAGAAGACAAAACAAUGCAACUGUGAGUAUGAGGUUCUUGCAGACCAAAUUGGGCACAACCCCAGCGCCUCAAGUUGCCUAUUUCUCUUCGAGAGGGCCAGAUCCAAUCAAUCCAAGCAUCUUGAAACCGGAUAUUCUAGCUCCAGGAGUGGAUAUACUAGCUGCAGUUGCGCCAAACAGGCCUUUUAUGGAAGUUGGCCCCUAUGAUCUAGUGACCGAUUACGCGCUUUACUCGGGCACAUCCAUGGCCGCACCACAUAUUGCCGGGGUUGCUGCUUUGCUGAAGGCCGUGCACAAAGAUUGGAGCCCAGCGGCCAUCAAAUCAGCAAUGAUGACCACAGCAUACACCUUGGAUAACACUGGGACGACCUUGAAAGAUCAAAACUGGCGAAAUGCUGCCACGCCUCUAGAUUUCGGAGCAGGCCAUGUUAAUCCUAACAAAGCUGUGGACCCCGGACUUAUAUAUGAUCUGAACUUGCAAGAUUACAUCAAAUUCCUUUGCAGCUUGGGAUAUACUGAGAAGCAGAUGAGUGCAGUCACCAGGAGAGGCAAGUGGAAUUGCAGCCAAAGUGAUGGUGACCUGAACUACCCUUCUUUCAUCUCCGUAUUUUCAAACAAAACUGGCUCGACCAAAGUUAAGGGCUUCAAAAGAGUUGUGACAAAUGUGGGAGAUGAUACAUCUGUUUACCAAGCGAUUGUGGCGAGUCCAAAGGAAAUGAAAGUCACAGUGCAGCCUAGCAAUCUCACAUUCACUCACAAGUAUGAGAAGCAGAGUUUUCAUCUGACUAUAGAAGUCGAUAUGAGUGCUCCGAGAGUGACUUCUGGUUACCUCAAAUGGAUCGAUCAACACAAUCAUGUUGUAUCGAGCCCCAUUGUGGCUAUUUCGUACUAG